GGUGCCACUUGCAGGUCGUCUCGAGCUAAGUCGAUUCGUAUCCAGACAGCGUAAGUGAACUUCUCCAGCCAUGAGUGGCCGUGGACCACAGUACGGCCUCAGUGCCUCCGUCGCUAAUAAGCUCGCGGGAAAACGUGACCCUCAGCUUGAAGCCGACAUCCUGGCGUGGAUGGGGGAUAUUGUCGGUCAAAAACUACCCGAUGGAGCCAUCGAAGACGUUCUCAAGGAUGGCGUCAUCCUCUGCCAUUUCAUGAACAAGCUGAUGCCUGGCUGCAUCACGAAAAUCAAUACCUCUGGAGGCCAGUUCAAGCAGAUGGAGAACAUCAACCGUUUCCAAGAGGCCUGCAAAGCCUGGGGGGUUCCUGAAAUCGAUGUUUUCCAGACAGUCGAUCUAUACGAGAGACGGAACGUGCCACAAGUCACACAGUGUUUGAUGGCUGUCGGACGCGCGUGCUACUUCCAUCCCGAAUUCCAAGGACCAUAUAUCGGUCCUAAGCCCUCCGAGGAGAAUAAACGCGACUUCACAGAUGAACAGCUGAGAGCUGGCGAAGGCGUAAUCAAUUUGCAGAUGGGCACCAACAAAGGCGCUAACCAGUCCGGACAGAAUUUUGGGAACACCCGUCAUAUGUAAAUGUUCGCCCUCCUAUUCUGUGUAGUAUGUGACUCGAAAAGCGACUCCUCGCAGCUAUUCUGUCGGACUAGCUUCUUCAAAGAGGAGCAAACGAACCUUCAUCUCCAGUACAUAUCCGAAUUGUCGAUCAGUCAGUAUGACCCGUCCCGUAAUGAAUGGCUGCGAUUCAACCUUGCUAUCGUCCAUUCUGAGGAUACCCUUAUGUUCCCGAAGUCGGAAACAUCACUAUGCUAUGAUAUGAACGUCAAUAAAGAUCGACAAUGCUUUUUUUUAU